GUGGCGCUAUACAGGAAGUACACGUGUGGUGUUUUGACGUUCAGUCAACUUCAAUAUUGUUUAGAUACUGUCUGUUACAGAAGAAUCAGCAAGGUUUUAAGACAAUCAAAAUGAGAAGGGCACAUAUAGGAGACAUGGGGUACCAGAACCAGGCCCAACUGGUGGAGGAAGAAAACCAGGUGUUGGAAGAUGCACUGUCAGGGAAAGUGAAGGCUCUGAAAUCUCUAAGUAUCGAUAUUGGAACAGAAGUGAGGACACAGAAUAUGCAGUUGAGAAACAUGGAUGAUGACUUUGACACUUCGGGAAACAUCCUCCAGGCAACGAUGGGACGACUGAAGGCGCUGACAAAAGCUGGACACUACAAAAUCUGGAUCUACAUGAUCUUGUUCUGUGUGUUUGUGUUUCUAGUUUGUUGGUUCAUUGUUAGAUUCAGGUGACCGAAAGUAACUUCUAUUUAUACUGACAACUACAAAAAUGCCAACUAGAAAGACAUUGAACUCAGAAUCAUAACAUUUUGCUCACUUCAGUUGAACCCUUCUUGCUGUUUUUAUUAUUUAGAUGUUUUAAUCUCCUUUGCAUUUUUUUGUCACAAAAAACUCUCUGAAUGCAACACAAAUAAUUGAUGCAAUAUCAUAAACAGGAAAAUGUAAACAGAAUUAUGAGGACUAAGAUAUUUUGUAAAUAAGUAAUUAUGAUACUUAUUGGAAUGGCAUUUAGUGUUGUUAAAAAAUAGUUACGUCUCUUCAUACAUAUGCUACUCAGAAGACGUUAAGGUUGAACAUGGUAUUACGGAUGAACCAAAAAAAUAUGA